AUGGAACAGAUUAUUGUUCAUGGUGGUAACCAAUUAAAGGGAACAGUAAAAAUCGAAGGGGCAAAAAAUGCAGUACUGCCAAUUUUAGCUGCGACUCUUUUAGCAGAAGAAGGAACAACGACAUUAAACAAUGUGCCGAUCCUAUCUGAUGUGUUUAUAAUGAAUCAAAUAAUUAAACAUUUAAAUGUAGAUAUCACUUUUAAUGUAAACGACAAUCAAGUAGUUAUUGACGCGACAAAACCAUUAGGGAUUGAAGCAAACUAUGAAUAUGUAAGUCAAAUGAGAGCGUCUAUCGUUGUCAUGGGUCCGUUGCUUGCGCGCAAUGGUCAUGCGAAAAUAGCGAUGCCAGGAGGCUGUGCAAUUGGAAAACGUCCAAUUGAUUUGCACUUAAAAGGGUUUCAAGCUUUAGGCGCUAAAAUCAUUCAAAAAAAUGGUUACAUUGAAGCGAUCGCGGAUGAAUUAAUCGGAAAUAUGAUUUACUUAGAUUUCCCGAGCGUAGGUGCAACUCAAAAUAUCAUGAUGGCUGCUGUUAAGGCCAAAGGAACUACAGUGAUUGAGAAUGUAGCGAGAGAGCCUGAAAUCGUUGAUUUAGCUAACGUUCUUAAUAAGAUGGGGGCAAAAAUUGUUGGUGCUGGGACAGAAAUGAUGCAUAUCGAAGGUGUUGAUAAACUUCAUGGCGUAACACAUUCAAUCGUCCAAGACCGUAUUGAAGCUGGGACUUUUAUGGUUGCAGCGGCCAUGACGGAAGGAAAUGUACUGAUAGAAGAAGCGAUUUCUGAACACAAUCAUCCAUUGAUUUUAAAAUUAACAGAAAUGGGCGCAAAAAUUGUAGAAGAAGAUGGCGGGUUACGCGUGAUUGGACCAAAAGUCAUCAAACCUACAGAUAUUAAAACCAUGCCGCAUCCAGGUUUUCCAACAGAUAUGCAAGCACAAAUAACAGCCAUUCAAAUGGUUGCAGAUGGUGUUAGUGCUGUAACUGAAACUCUUUUUGAGAACCGUUUCCGACACUUGGAAGAAAUGCAACGUAUGAACGCAACUGUUAAAAUUGAUGGCAAUGUUGCAAUCAUUACUGGAACGGAUGCUUUGCAAGGAGCUGCGGUGGAAGCAACAGAUUUGCGCGCAGCAGCAGCGUUGAUCUUGGCAGGACUUCGUGCGAAUGGCAUUACUCGUGUGUCUCACUUGGAAUACUUAGACCGCGGGUACUACAAAUUCCACGAGAAACUACAAAAACUAGGUGCAAAAGUAGAACGUGUAAACGAUGAAAAAAUUGUGGAAACACAAUAUUCCACAGCUGGCUAA